CCCGUACGAGUGCCUGUAUUUUAUGAGUAGGAAGAGAUCAAAAAUGUCUUCCAGUGGCACUAUCAGUAACUAUUAUGUGGACGCCGUGAUGGCUCAGGAGCCGGAGGAUGUUUACGCGCCUCGGCUUGUUCAGGCUCCUCAUACGGUGACCCCGAGGCCGUCAGGUGCCGGGGACAACGCAGACUUCUCUUCUUGUAAUUUCGCUCCUAAACCCGGAGUUUUCUCCUCGUCCUGGUCCUCUGUUCAUCCUCAGGGGAUUUAUCAUCCAUAUGUGCACCAUCACCACCAGCCGCAUCUGCCCGCAACGGACGGGAGAUAUGUCGGAGUCCGCCCCUGGAUGGAGCCCAUUUCCAACCACGUCUCAUUCGCCGGCUUCCACCCCAGCAACACUCGACCGUACGGGGCGAAGCCAGACGUCCUGCCUGCCAAAGUUGCAGAAUGCGAUACCCUGGAGCCGGAGGCGCGACCGGUCCCUGCUGAAUUCUCCUGCGGAGGCGCGCUGAGCGCAGAGAAGGUAACGAAAGAGCCGCGCAGAGGAAGCGAGAUUUCGAGUCACGGAGAGCCAAAAGACGAGAAACAACAACUUGACCCAAACAACCCUGCUGCCAACUGGAUCCACGCGCGCUCCACGAGGAAAAAGAGGUGUCCUUACACCAAAUACCAAACUUUGGAGCUGGAGAAGGAGUUCCUCUACAACAUGUAUUUGACCAGAGACCGGCGCUUUGAAGUUGCGCGCAUACUGAGUCUAACGGAGAGACAAGUGAAGAUCUGGUUCCAGAACAGGCGGAUGAAAAUGAAAAAGAUGAAUAGAGAAAAAGGCGGAAAGGACCAGCUAUAGGUUUACUCUUUUUCUGGUUUGUGUCUGGAAAAUCUUGUUUUCCAACUUGCUUUGAUAGGACU